UGGAUGACUACAGCUCAGAGUCUGAUGUGAUUAUUAUACCUUCAGCCCUGGACUUCGUCUCACAAGAUGAAAUGUUGACACCGUUGGGGAGGCUGGACAAGUAUGCUGCAAGUGAGAACAUAUUUAACAGACAAAUGGUGGCCAGAAGUUUGCUGGAUACUCUGAGGGAAGUCUGCGAUGAUGAAAGAGAUUGUAUUGCUGUUUUGGAAAGAAUUAGCAGAUUAGCUGAUGAUUCAGAACCGACUGUGAGAGCAGAGCUGAUGGAACAAGUACCACAUAUUGCACUGUUUUGUCAAGAGAACCGGCCUUCAAUACCAUAUGCUUUUUCCAAGUACUUGCUACCAAUUGUGGUUAGAUAUCUCGCAGAUCAGAAUAAUCAGGUAAGGAAGACCAGUCAGGCAGCUUUGCUGGCUCUGCUGGAGCAGGAGCUGAUUGAGCGAUUUGAUGUGGAGACCAAGGUGUGCCCUGUCCUCAUAGAGCUGACAGCCCCCGACAGCAACGAUGAUGUGAAGACAGAGGCCGUGGCUAUAAUGUGCAAGAUGGCUCCCAUGGUUGGGAAGGAUAUUACAGAGCGUCUUAUCCUCCCUAGGUUUUGCGAGAUGUGCUGUGACUGUAGAAUGUUUCAUGUCCGAAAGGUCUGUGCUGCCAAUUUUGGAGAUAUUUGCAGUGUAGUUGGCCAGCAAGCUACAGAGGAAAUGUUGCUGCCCAGGUUUUUCCAGCUGUGUUCUGAUAAUGUGUGGGGAGUCCGAAAGGCCUGUGCCGAGUGCUUCAUGGCUGUCUCCUGUGCAACGUGUCAAGAGAUCCGACGGACAAAGUUAUCUGCACUGUUCAUUAACCUGAUCAGUGAUCCUUCACGUUGGGUCCGCCAGGCAGCCUUUCAGUCUCUGGGGCCUUUCAUAUCUACUUUUGCUAAUCCGUCUAGCUCAGGCCAGUAUUUUAAAGAUGAAGGCAAAAGUUCAGAAGAUUUAUCAGCAGAAGACAAAGACAGGAUCAAAGAUCACGAUGUCGAGGAAGAAGAGCAGAUCAGGCCAGAGGAUGCUCCCUCAGACCUCAGUGGCAGACUGGCGAGCACACUGGAAGACUGUGCUGCGGAGACAUCUGGGAGCUCUGCAGGUGACAGUGCUGCAGUGGACAGCUCCUUACUCUGUACUUUGUCCUCAGAGUCUCCUCAGGAAGCAGCUAGCCAUGAGAGUGAUCAAGAGCCUGCCAACAGCAAGUCUGCGUUCCAGCCAGAGGUUGGCACCAGCUCCGCAGAUUCCACUCUCUUAGAUCAGGAUUUGUUCAACUCCUUCCAUUUCUGGAGGACUCCUCUACCUGUAAUAGAUAUUGAUGUAGAGCUCCAACAGGACUCUGGGGAGAGACUCAGCCCACAGAGAACAGGAGAUGGACCUGGAGACCCUGAACCAGGUUCCCCUGGUGUCACCAUGGCUACCCGGAAGGAGCUAGAGGAAAUGAUAGAGAACCUAGAGCCACACAUGGAUGACCCAGAUGUUAAAGCGCAGGUGGAAGUGCUGUCGGCUGCCCUGCGCGCUUCCAGCCUGGAUGCGCACGAAGAGGCCAGUGGUGCGGGGCAGCGGAGUGAGCUACCAGACGAGCUGGGUGUGAACGAGCUUCCAGACUGUGGCGUGACUCCAGACACUUCUGUGUCUUUAAUCAGCACUGCUGAGGAGAGUAUGGACGCCACUCCUGACUAUGUCCAUGAAGGUGGGGACGUGACCCCCAGUGACAGCUUCAGCCCUGAGGAAGAGAGGAGACCCAAAGUACAAGAUGUUGUUCCACAAGCAUUGCUAGAUCAGUACUUGUCGAUGACUGACCCCUCCCGGGCACAGACCGUGGACACUGAGAUCGCCAAGCACUGCGCCUACAGUCUGCCAGGCGUGGCCCUGACUCUAGGCAGGCAGAACUGGCACUGCCUGAGGGAGACAUACGAGACCCUGGCGUCAGACAUGCAGUGGAAAGUUCGAAGAACUCUAGCGUUCUCCAUCCAUGAACUUGCGGUUAUUCUUGGAGAUCAGCUGACAGCUGCUGAUCUGGUUCCAAUUUUUAAUGGAUUUUUGAAAGACCUCGAUGAAGUCAGGAUAGGUGUUCUCAAGCAUUUGCAUGACUUUCUGAAGCUUCUUCACAUUGAUAAAAGACGGGAAUAUCUUUAUCAACUCCAGGAGUUUUUGGUGACGGAUAACAGUAGAAACUGGCGCUUCCGAGCUGAACUGGCAGAACAGCUGAUUUUACUUCUAGAAUUAUAUAGUCCCAGAGAUGUUUAUGAUUACUUACGUCCCAUUGCUCUGAAUCUGUGUGCAGACAAAGUUUCUUCAGUCCGCUGGAUUUCCUACAAGUUGGUCAGUGAGAUGGUGAAGAAGCUCCACACAGCAUCACCCCCAACAUUUGGAGUAGAGCUCAUCAACGAGCUGGUGGAGAACUUCGGCAGGUGUCCAAAAUGGUCUGGUCGGCAAGCCUUUGUCUUUGUCUGCCAGACUGUCAUUGAAGACGACUGCCUCCCCAUGGACCAGUUUGCUGUGCACCUGAUGCCGCAUUUGCUGACCUUGGCAAACGACAGGGUUCCAAAUGUUAGAGUGCUGCUUGCAAAAACGCUACGACAGACUCUGCUAGAGAAAGAGUACUUCUUAGCUUCCGCCAGCUGUCACCAGGAGGCCGUGGAGCAGACCAUCAUGGCCCUUCAGAUGGACCGAGACAGUGACGUCAAGUACUUCGCAAGCAUCCACCCCUCCAAUACCAAGAUCUCUGAAGAUGCAAUGAGCACAGCAUCCUCGACCUACUGAGAGCCUGAACUGUGGCGUCCUUCCUGCUUCCACAGAGCCGAGGCUUCGCUGCCUGCACAGUCGGGGACAGCUGUGGGGGGCUCCCUCCUGCCAACUCAUUCGCAGGUGCAAGUUGCCUACUCCUAAUACCAGUGGUUUUAAGAGUCAAGAGAAAGUACAGUAAACACUAUUAUCUUAUCUUGACUUAAGGGAAAGUAAAUUCUCAGAGGAUUAUAAUUGUCACCAAAGCCUUAACUCGUUACUUCAUCUUCCUGACUGAAUGACUUGAAUUGGCAGAGCAUUUUCCCUUCGGGAAGGAUGAGGUUCCCAGAGACCUGCAUUGCUUUCUCCUGGUUUUAGUUAACGGCUGAUAAUGACAUUCUUACGGCCAGAAGGUGGACGCACACCGGACAGAAAGGCCUUCAGUAUUAGCCUAAGCAUUUCUUCCAGGUGCGGAGCCUCUUGAGCUCCCUGGCUGCCCUGCCCAGCCCUAAGUGUGAAUAGUUCUUGGCGUAUAUAAAUGACAGAGGAGAUUGUUUUUUUUUUUUUUUUUUUUUUUUCAUUUCUCCUAAGGGCUUGAUGUUAACACUAAGCAGAGUCUGACCUGACUCCUAGCGCAGCACACUGCUGUAACACUCUCAGAGUGUUUGCAGAAUCUCUCCAUUGUUUUCAUGCUGGUCAUGACCUGAAGGAAAUUUCUUAGCACGAGUAUUGUGUCAGGUGUUUUUAACUUGAUCAUGGUCAGCUCUGAGGUGCAACUUUCUCUUCCCACGCUGCACACACCUGUGGCCACUCUGGGGCGUGUGGCCUUAAUCAUGCUGUUGAACUGUUGUGGCACAAGUUCCAAAUAAAGUUUAUUAAUAGGACCUAUAGAGAUACCACCACUUUGUUCCUAAUGUCUGCAAAUAAAUGCAAUAUGGGACCUGUGUACUUAGCCUAA